AUGAUGGAUCCUUUAGAGAACAACUUGUUUGAUCUUCCUGAUUAUGAGAAUACAGAAGACGAAACGUUCCCACCUCUUCCACCUCCUGCCUCUCCAGGAAGCGAUGAUGGCGGAUGGGCUCAAGCUAAUGGAGAACCAGAUGGAAACCAGCAAUCACAAACAAAGGAUUCUGCUGUCGCUCCACGGAAAGCAGUUAAAAGACCAAUGCCUAAACUAGAUGCUCAGAGGUUAAUUUCAGAAAGAGGACUUCCAGCCCUCAGACACUUGUUUGACAACGUGAAGUUCAAGGGUAAGGGCCACGAGGCAGAAGACCUGAAGACACUGAUAAGACAUAUGGAACACUGGGCUCAUAGACUGUUUCCAAAAUUGCAAUUUGAGGAGUUCAUUGACAGAGUGGAGUCUUUGGGAAACAAAAAGGAAGUUCAGACCUGCCUAAAGCGGAUUAGACUUGAUCUUCCUAUUUUACAUGAAGACUUUGCAAGUAAGGAAGACGGUGGAGGGGAAAGUAAUGGGCUGGAUACAGCCUCUGAAGACGUACAUUCCUGCCCUGGAAGUGCAGAGGAACUCAGUUCUCUGUCUGGUACAACUCUCACGGAAGAGCAACAAGAGCGAAUCAAGAAGAACAGGCAGCUGGCCUUGGAACGCAGGCAAGCCAAGAUGCAGUGCAACAGCCAGUCGCAGCACCACGAGCUCUCCACUGGUUCCUUGGAAGAGGAGUUUAAUACCCCAGUUGCUCAGGAUCCCACUGACCUCAUGGAAGACACUCCAGUCGCUGCAACCACAGUUGCUAUUACAGAAGCUGAAGAUACAGAAGUGGAAUGGGCCAGUGAAAAGCAGUAA